CAGUUGCCUUGUUUUUGACUUUUAAAUGUGAGGAAUAAAGCUGGCAAGAUGGUCUCUCAGGGGGUUCAGAUCACUGGUAUGAUGUUGGCUGUGCUUGGAUGGCUCUUGGACAUCACAGUGUGUGCUUUACCCAUGUGGAGGGUCACUGCUUUUAUUGGAGCCAACAUCAUCACUGCACAGACCAUCUGGCAGGGUAUGUGGAUGGACUGUGUGGUGCAAAGUACCGGCCAGAUGCAGUGCAAGGUGUAUGACUCCAUGUUGGCUCUACCACAGGACCUGCAGGCAGCUCGUGCCAUGAUCAUCAUCUCCAUCCUGAUGGGAAUUGUUGGUGUGAUUUUGUCAAUUGCUGGAGGAAAAUGCACUAACUGCAUUAACGAUGAGCAAUCCAAAGCAAAGGUUUGCAUUGGUUCUGGGGUUUCCUUCAUCGUCUCAGGGCUGCUUUGCCUGAUUCCAGUCUCCUGGUCUGCCAACACUAUCGUCAGCAACUUCUACAACCCACUGUUGAUUGAAGCCCAAAGAAUAAGCAUCUUCACCAUGGGAAAGAUUGGCAAGGAAGUGUCUGGUCAGGUAAUAAGCUUCCUUGGUCUUCUUUUGGCAGCAGUGGCCUGUGGGGUCCCCUUGUGGAGAAUGACGACCUACAUCGGAGCCAACAUUGUGACAGGCCAGAUAGUAUGGGAUGGUCUGUGGAUGAACUGUGUGAUGCAGAGUACCGGGCAGAUGCAGUGCAAGCUAAAUGAGUCUGUGUUAACCUUGUCACCGGAUCUCCAGGCCUCCCGAGCACUGAUGGCCAUCUGCAUUGUGGUGGGCUUCAUUGGAUUUAUGAUAACGUUUAUUGGAGUUAAGUGCACCAGCUGCCUGAAGAAAGAGUCAUCAAAUGCCACUGUGGUGAUCAUAGGUGGCUGUCUCCUCAUCAUAGCUGCAAUCCUGGUCCUGAUACCUGUCUGCUGGUCUGCAGCUGUUACCAUUUUAGACUUUCAAAACCCCUUGACCAUCCAGACACAGAAGAGGGAGAUUGGAGGUGCUAUCUACAUCGGCUGGGGCUCUGCUGUAUUGCUUCUGAUUGGAGGGAUUAUCCUGACCACCUCUUGUCCUCCUCAAAGACCACUAUACCCCAACUACCCACCAGCACCAAUGUACCCAUACUCAUCUGUAAAUCGAGCACCAUAUGGCCCUGUGUAUGCUCCUGCAUCCAGCCUUCCAUACACAGGCACGGGAUCAUACAUACCCAGCAAACCUUAUGCAGCACCCACCACAUACCCUGCUCGACAGUUUAUUUAAAACUGAAGGGUAAAAAUUGAAAGACUGAAAUUUCUGCCACUACGUCUUCAAGAAAUUAAGUUGCCAUAAAAACAAGUAAAACUGUACCAAAAUACAUGUUAAUUAAUGAGAAUGUAUGUAUAUUAACAUAUUUUCAUGUACAUUUACUGUAUUUAAUCAUUGUGAGCAUUCACCAAAACAAAACUUUAAAAAAUAUAUUUCUCUGUUGUAAAACUCUUGAACAUAGGAGCAUUAUUGUGUGUUCAUGGUUGUGCACCUGUGAUGUAUCUCUUUAAAUAAGGAAGUGACUGUCCACAUAUUUAUUUCCUUGCACACUGAAAAUGUUUAAUUAGAGAUGUUGAUUUUUUUAGAUCUCUCUUCUGUAAAUGCUACUUCAUUUUUGAGAAAAAUAAAAAGAAUUUCAAUAAAAUAAGAGUAUUUUCA